CCACAUGUGAUGAGUCCCUCCCCUCCGUCACACACAGGCUCGCUCGCUGUUUCCUCCCCCUAGUAAGGUACGGUGACUCUCAUCUCUCGUACAACGUGUAGGAUGUACACAGCACUGUGCGGCUACUGCUUUCUGUCCAUGUCAACAAGAGGGACGUUGGGACACUUUGAAUGAGAAGAGUGAGAGACUGGAUUAUUACAACCCCUGGCAUACACACACGCUGCCCAUGCCCUGGAAGCAGCAGCACGGCGCCUUAUUGCCAAGCUCAUGUACACCUAAGUAACGGGCAGCAGCGGCAUCAGUGCCCCAGAGACCGAACAGAUCAGGACUAAUCCUGGACGGGGACUGGCAGCGGGGGGUUGAGGGACGUCUCCCAGUGCAAGAGAUUACCCCCGAGCGGCACAUGGAAAAGGCUUUAGCGCACAAGGAAGACUGGACAACAGUACCCAUUUGUCCUUGUAAUGGCUGGAAAAAGGCAAACCCAAACCAUGGAUCACAUGAUGUACAACAAAUUGGCACGGGUGGAGAUGGCACCACAAUGUUCUAUAACUUGUCCUGGGGAGACUACCACUAAGGAUCUACAGGCUUGCAAGAACUUGCGUCCAUACCCUCUCCCUGGCACUGAUGGACAAAUAUCUUCCGGUCAUUGGAGCUCUGCUACAACAUAUCAACAGUAUGCAGGCAAUACUUUUAACCUGCAUUUGCAGACUAAUGGAGUUUCUGAAAAAUGUCAAAGACCAGAAGUUGAGAUGUUCCAUAAUCCCAUGCAACAAUCAGAUAAUGCGAAUAACCACUUCUCAGUUCACCAAAACCACCCAGUCCCAAGUUACCAUAUGUCACCCUCUCGUGCAUGCCCUCCAAUUGUCAUGCCACGACCUGUGUAUAGGAGUUCUGGGGGUUUCAUGGAUGCAGCAUAUGGGACUAUGGGUGUCUGUGUUGGAUCACAGCCGCGAUGUCCACCUGCCGGUAUAGGAUGGAGAUCUUCUGCAGGGUUUGGUUAUCCUUCUUCAUAUGCAUCUUGUGUAAAUAAGCCUUUUUCUACAGCUAAUGACUGCCCUGAGAUCGCUAACUGUUCAUCCUCUCUCCUUCAGGGAUUGCAGGAACAAAAUCUUGUUAACAGGCAUAGAGUGGAUAUGGGUCUUGCAGUGGGAGUUUCUCCAACAUGUUCAAAGGAAGAUGUUUAUACAGAUAACUGCCACACUUUUACUCCAUCUAAUGUGCAGCUAGUCUUUGCUGAAGGCACUACCCCUAUUGUAAAACAGAGAAAUUCAGCCUUUAAUAUGCCCUCUUAUCAACACCAGAGCUACAAGCCUACUAGCCUGAAUAAUAGAAUGGGCCUGUACUCAAAUAGUCAUUAUAGUAACAGGGUCGAUGGCAUUCACCAAAAAUCCUUUCCCUGCAAUAUGGACAUUGCAUCGUCUCCUCACAGCAUAAGAGGUGGUACCAUCUAUCCAAUCAGGGUGCAAAAAAUGCAGUCUGGGUAUGUGAAUACAGAGCAAAGAAUGAGGAGAUCUUAUGCUGAUGGUAAUUUACAAAAAAAUGAUAUUUCGGCUGAGCGGGAUUUGAAAAUUGGGACAUCCAAAACCAAUACAGAGCGUCAAUACUUAUCUCAAAGUGAUAAAGAUUUGUGGGUUGGGUCUGCUAUGACGAACAGAGAAGUAUGUGUUGGCUCUACCAGAGGAGAUAGAGAGAGACUAUUUGACAUGACCAGAACAAGCAAUUGUUUGCAGGAGACGUCCAUUUAUGGUGGCCAAUUUGAAGAGCAAAGUGCACAUGUUAACUUUCUUCAGCAAAAUAGUAGUUCUAAUAUAAUGCCAGAUGUGUCAGUUAAUAGCAUGAUGGCUAAUCGGCUUACCAGAGAGAGUUCAAUUACUUCGAAGAUGUCUGCUUUGCACAGUGCAUUAAUUUCCUUGAAGGGCAAUGAAGUUACAAAAUUGACAGAACAGACUAGCCAUACUUCAAACAAUAUAGCAAAUAUGAAUGUACAACAUGCAAAAUCUUCAGUUCUUAUGCCUGGAGUUGCCAGCCAAUGUCAGAAAAGUGAUGACGGCAUGAAAGAACGACCACACUCUGCAUUGCUGGAUCGAAACUGUGAUCUUUCAGUUACUAAUACGUUCAAUGUUGAUGCGCCAACAUCCACCCCUGUAUCAGGGAAUAAGGAUAUGGUUGUUAAUGAACCAAUAUCCCCUCCUUUGCCAGUGAGUAAGGAUGUGGAUGUUGAUGCUGAUGGACCAAAUCCCCCCCCUUUGCCAGUGAAUAAGGAUGUGGCUGUUGAUAGACCAAAAUCCCCCCCAAUGCCAGUAAUUAAUGAUGUGUUUAGCCUUGCACCAUAUUGUGCUUAUUUAGAAGGAAAAAACAGUAAUUUUCCUAUGCAUCAGGAUUGGGAUCUGAAAAGCAAAAUAUCUACCUCCCUUCUCUCACAGCGGUCACUUUCUCCAGACAAGACUGAGAAAGUUGAAAGAGAAUGUAGUAAAUCAGGCAAUGUCACUAAGGUAAAUAUUGCUGAGUGUUCUCUGUCUGUACAGAAUCAACAUUCAAAGAGUUUGCAAACAGGAGAACCACAAGGUGUCUCCUACCACGAAACAGAUGGUCAAACAGUGGUUCUUGAUCUCAGUUUGAAAAAGUCAGCUCAAACAAGUUCUCCUCCUCGUGACAAGAAAGACAAGAGGACCUUGCCCACUCUUGUAAUUGAUAAUUGCCCACCUAAACCCUCUCAGAGAAUGUUGCAUGAAGAGAGCCAAGAGAGCUACAGGCCUCGAGUCGCCAGAAGCAUUUCCCUCCCAAGCAAUGAGAGCUCUUCAUCUCGGACUACUGAUAGAUUGUCCUAUCCAGGCCAAAAUUGCUGCCCAUCCACCACAAGCAAUUUCUAUAAGGGCCAUAAAAGGUCCCUGCCCCAAGCCACUGAUGCCCAGCCCUGCCAGCUUCAAAACAAUUGUUCAAUCCAAACUUCCAGUCCUUCUCAGGCUGCCAUGUGCUUGCCCCAGAAAUGUCAGGAGAGCUACUCAUUUCAAUCUUCUGGGAGCCUGUCCCACCAGCUUCAUAAUUACCAGUCAGAAGCCAGUGACAGCUUGCCCCGGCAGCUUUUGGAAAGCUACCCAUUACAGGUAACUGAGAACCUGCGCGACCAGUUUCAGAAGAACUGCCCCUAUCAGGCAACCAAGAGCAUGCCCCGCCAACUUAAGGAGAACUACUCCUCUAAGGCCUCUAACAGUAUAAAUUGCCAAAUUCAAGAGUGUGCCCCCCCAAUUCCGGAGGACUACCCUUCUCAGGCCCACAAGAGUUUGACUCGCCAAAUUCAAGAGAAUGACCCCUCUCAUGCCCCAAGGAUUAUGCCCAGGCAACUUCAUGAUAGUGAUUCCUCUCAAGCCCCAAGGUUCAUGCCAAGCCAACUUCAGAAUAGCUAUUCGUCUCAGGCUACCAAAAGCAUGCCUUAUCAACUUCAGGAAAACUACACAUCUCAGGCUAUGGAAGGUCUAUCCCACCAACUUCAGGAGAAUAAUCCAUCAUGGACAAAAGAGAACAUGACCAGCCAUGGUCAAUCCAGAUGCAUGUCUACAGUCUCGACAGCUUUACCAGUAGACUCUUCUCCCCAACACUCAAAUAAUAUAUCAGUCUUUGUGAACAACAUGCAGACAUCGAUCAACUUUAUGCCCCAAAGUGUUAUGCUUAAAUUACAUUCUCUCCAACAGCAUCAGUCUAUAGAAUCAUCUGAACACAGAGCUAGAACCUCGCUCGGCACAUGCAGUUCUAUGACUUCACCCUCAGAGUCAGAUAAUGAGGCCAAUGGUUUCCAUAGUUCCAAAUCAUUCAUGUUCAGGAAGUACAAAAUGAUGAAGUUUUCCUCAUCUGCAGGAGAGGCUCACGGGGUUAUCAGGGACUGUUCUUCCCGUGCCUUGCCCAGUCCAUUUCCUUUACCAUCGGAUGCAGUACAGUCUCUCCCUCCUAGUGCUCCUGAAUCCUCUCCAACUCUUGGGGAAUCUAAUGUGUCUUUGGCAAGCGUUGGUGAGCUUGCUCCUAAUGGAUCUCGAAAGCAGUUCACUGAACUUCACCGGUCAGUGCGUGUAGCUAUCAUAAGAUCAAUUGAUAUAUCCCCAUCAACCCUUCUGGAGGACUGGGUGACAAAAAGCAAGGAAGAAGAGAAAACAAAGACACCAGUAAAAAACAAGAAUGGUUCUAGAUCAUUUGAGCAUAUUGCAGACUCGCCAAGCCAUGAUAUAUGGCUUGCAUUUGAUGGGGUUCGUUUACUUCUACACAAGCUCUUGUCCCAGUUAGAAACUUUCAUGUUCACUCGGAGCUGUCCUUUUCCUCAUGUUAUACGGGCAGGCGCAAUCUUUAUUCCUAUUUACCUGGUAAAGGAAGUCCUGUUUCCAGAAUUGUUGGGCCCAUCUGUAGAUCGAAUUUUGCAAAAGCACAAAGUAGAACUUCGCCCCACUACUCUGUCCGAAGAAAAACUUCUCAGGGAGACUGAAUUAAAAGACUGCCCUUCUCGCAUGUUGAAAUUACUUGCCCUUAAACAAUUGCCUGAUAUGUAUCCAGACUUACUAAACCUUUUUUGUGGACACUCUAUGCAGCAGCAACUUGAUAAGUUCUCAAAGAAAAGAACUGAAAAAGCAGAGUGGAAAAAAAAGAAUUUGUCAAACAAGGAACAACAGAUUGAUUCACCUAAGAAAGGCAGAACAUCCUUAAUUCUGAAGUUACAGAGAGUUUGCAAGCGCUCUGGAAACCAUGUGUAUAAGGCACAAAGACUAAGGCCUCUAAACAAGAAAGACACAGACCAAUUACAAAAAAAAAGUGUUUGCCGUAAAAGCAGUUACAGACCGCGCACAAUGUUUACUUACAAAAGGAGGAGGAGGAGGGGUCGCCCUAAGUGUAACACUACUAAAGGUUUUCCAGAUUUAGUAGGCAGACGUAUCCGCCAUUUGUUUGAUGAUGGUGAUCAAGAAGUCUGGUUCACUGGUAGAGUCCUGCGAGUGCAUCAGCGUUCCCGCAACCCACGUGACACCCAGUAUGAAGUGUGGUAUGAUGAGGAACCGGGCACCAGGUAUUUUUUGGAACUAUUGCAGGACUAUGAGAAAGGCUGGCUACAGUUGGACAGUUGAAGAAUAGGUUAAUAAGCAUUUGCCAAAAAUAGCUGUCAGGCAGGCCUGGAGCACACAGAUUGGCUGAACUACUCUGAAGAAUCCUAUUGUUGAUUCACUGCACCCUCUUUUUCUAAUUCCCUGAAACAGUCUUAACAGUUUCAAUAUUUUAUUUUUUUUAAUAUACAUUUUUAUCCAGGUAUCCUGGUUACGAAAGUGUAUUGUGAUUUUAUUUUGUAAGUGUUACACUGCUGAUUUUGUCCAUUUGUACGGUUUCUGUGUAUUUAACAAGAAGUAUCUGCAAAAUGUUAUAUUAGCCAGAUAAACUUGUAUGAUUACAAAUUCUGAGGCAUUUCUUGGUGACUUUUUUUUCUUACUAUUUGCAGCACAUGGUAUGUUAGGGUGAGAAGUGGGUUUUCAUAAAAAUUCAUAGGUUUCUAAAUAAAUCCUCCCCAUUCAGCUUCUCCUAGAUGUCAUCAUCAUCAUCUGUUCUUGAAUAUUUCAGACCUGGGGCCAAAUGUAAUAGCCUACCAUAUGUGGGAGCCAGUGUUGUUCCGGCUAGUCACUAGAUUUAAAGUGGCAUUUAGGUUAAAGGAUAAAACCUGGUUUUAUUAACUUAAUAUGCAGCUUUAAAUCUAGUGACUAUUUUGCCAGAAUUGCGCAGACUCCGCAUUUGUCCCAUUGUAUAGUUUACGUCUCCCACAUAGAGAUUUAUCAGCACAUCAGCAUUUUGAUUAUUGCAUAAUUGUUUUGCCUUUAUAUUGUAUCUUAGGUUUUCUAUCAAAUGCAAUAUAAUGUCAGUUUUUUCUCUAGGGAAUUGAUCCUUGUUACUUCUCUUAGAGUAUGUUGUUAUGUGACCAAAUAUAAGUGCAUAUUGCAUUUUGUUUGUAAAAUGUUACACAGUGUAUUGCACUUAGCCGUACCUGCGCUUUUAUAGCUUUCAAUGGAAAGCAGCGUGAUUUAGGUUUUUUUUUGCUCGCUGUUCCAUGUAAAAUGCCUGUGUGAACAUGCUGAAAACGUAGUUUCGAUUUCUGUAUUAAUUGGGUAAUAUAAGGCAUAUUGAGUGCCUCAAUCUACAUAAUCAUUAAACAAAAAUGACAGUUAAAAA